ACUCACUCACUCACUCUCAAGCGUUCACCCGGACAGAUUCUUCUUCUCUCUCCAGUGGAUACUGCGGGGAACACACGGAUUGCUUAUAGGAUGGAUUGCUGAAACUCCUUUCGCGAGAUUACCCAUUUAUUUCCUUUCAUUUCUCUCCCGUCACACUAUCUCGUCUCCAUCCAUCCAUGAGUCCAGACGGGUUCUGAUUCGGACAGAAUGCGGAUCCUGGUGCUGAUCCCGCUGCUGUGGGGACUCAGUGAAGGGGCUUUUCCCAGCAGUGUUCAAAUCGGUGGGCUGUUUAUAAGAAACACUGAUCAAGAAUAUACAGCUUUCCGGUUGGCCAUAUUUCUCCACAAUACGAGUCCGAAUGCCACGGAGGCCCCAUUCAAUCUGGUUCCACACGUCGACAACAUCGAGACGGCCAACAGCUUUGCUGUCACCAAUGCCUUUUGUUCGCAGUACUCACGAGGAGUGUUUGCGAUCUUCGGCCUGUAUGAUAAGCGUUCGGUGCACACUCUGACGUCGUUCUGCCAGCGCGCUGCACAUCUCUCUGGUGACGCCCCAGUUUCCUCGGCCGAGGGCGAGACGCAGUUCGUGCUUCAGCUGCGUCCAUCGAUCCGCGGCGCGUUACUGAGCCUCCUGGACCAUUACGACUGGAGCCGCUUCAAUCUUCCUGUAUGA